UUGGCAAAUCAGUUUUGCACCAAACGCCGCGGUGAAUCGAAAUGGAUCGUUGGGUUGGAAAAGUGGCCGUUGUAACGGGAGCCAGUUCCGGAAUCGGCGCUGCGACAGUUAAACAGCUGAUCAAAGCCGGUAUGGUGGUGGUUGGCCUGGCCCGUCGUGUGGAACGAGUGGAAGCACUGAAAGACGACCUGCCGGGAGAUGAGCGGAAGCGAUUGCAUGCCAUGAAAUGUGACGUUUCGAAGGAGGAAGAUAUUGUUGGGACAUUCAAAUUAAUCGAAGAGCAGUUGGGAGGAGUGGACGUGUUGGUAAAUAAUGCCGGGGUCGGGCUCGGGGUUGCGAAUUUGAUCGAUGCCGGUAACACGGAGACUCUACGGACAGUGAUUGACACCAAUGUGCUGGGUUUGGUACUUUGCAGUCGAGAAGCGGUCCAGUCGAUGAAAAGACGCUCGGUCGAUGGUCAUAUUAUUCACAUCAACAGUGUGGCUGGUCAUCGUGUUCCUCCGAUUCCUCGCUUCAACAUAUAUGCGGCGAGUAAGUUUGCAGUGACAGCCAUAACGGAGACAAUGCGCCAAGAGCUCAGGAACGAAGGCUCAAAGACCAAGGUCACGAGUAUUAGCCCAGGAGCAGUGAAGACAGACUUGUUGUCGCAGGAUCUAAUAGACUCAGGUGUACCAACAUUGGAACCAGAAGACAUUGCGGAUGGGAUCGUGUACGUUUUAGGAACGCCGCCACGAGUACAAGUACACGAAUUGACUAUCAAACCGGUUGGAGAAGCAUUUUGAUUGUAACGUGUGUCAAUUUUAAAUAUUAUACACUUGAAAGAUGGCACUUGUUCUAAGUCGAACGAAAUACUAUCAUCGAUUCCGAUGAAGCUUUUCACGUCUCACCGGCAUGGAAGACGAAACAUUUUCCACAGUCAAUAAGAUUAUUUUGUAUCAAGAACAAUUUUUAAAAAGGACGUAAAAGUUUCGAAAAAAAAUUCUUCCAUUAUUGUAUUUUACACAGCAAAACUAGCUGAGAACGAGUUAUAAGAAAUGAAUACUUCUGUACGGAAAAAAUAUACUCUGAAAAAAACAUUGUAAUUUUUCA